AUGGCGCUAUCUGCGUUCUCCAGAUAUGUGGGCGUGAUUCGUCCCUCCCGGCGCAAACCUUCCUUUAUGGACAACCCGGAGUCUGUGUCGCAUGAAGAGGGAGACACCGCUGUCCUCUUCUGCUCUGUGCUCAACCUAGGGGACCACACGGUCACUUGGCGCAAACUGCCCAGGUCUGCACCGUUGACCAUCGGUACUACGUCAUGGACACGUGACCAGAGGGUACAUGCUGAGCAUGUGCCAAACAGCUCACAAUGGAACCUGGUCAUAGAGAAAGCCAAGAUCGAUGACGCAGGGGUUUACGAAUGCCAAAUCAGCAAACGGAAAUUGCAGCUGAGGCGAGCCGUUACGUUGGUCAUAAGAGCCAAACCUGCUGCUCAGCUUCCACGAAUAGAAAUCAGCGGGGAGAACGUGGUGAAGUCUGGCUCUGUGCUCACUCUGACCUGCAACGCCAGCCUCGUGGACGUGUCUGUGGAGAGGAUUUCCUGGAUCAAAGAUGGCGAGCCGCUGAGGUUGGACUCUGACAGCCGUUACAGCAUACAUACGUCAGUGACCCUCACAGGUCGGAGUUCAGGGACGAUCAGCAGCAAGCUGGAGAUCAAGGCCACGAGGAUCUCAGACAGUGGAGGCUAUCUCUGCAGGUCAACAGAAAGGGCACAGAUGGCCGGGGUCAAGGUCGAAAUUCAAAG